AUGUCAAUCGCUGGGCAAGAUGGCUGGAGUUCGACUGAACUAGACACGAUCGACAGUGUGGAGUCGCAUCAUGUGGAGCGUGGCACUUGGGAAACCGGCACAUUAUGCGUCUUCGGCCGGAAAGCUGGACUUGAUUUGCGGCCUGGUUCUAUUAUUCGUGAGGUUAGUGGUAUGACUCGAUUUCAUCUCGUAGUUUAA